CUUUUUUUUUUUUUUUUAAAUCGUCUUUGUUUAAUUUAAAUAAAAAAUCGCUUGUGGUUUCUGUUUGAAAAUCUUAAUAUUAUGAGUUAGGAUUAGACUUAGUUUCUUUUUCCUCUAGUGGAGGAAAAGUUAUAAAUUGUGAUAUUUAUUGAUGUGUACAUGCGGCUAAAUAAAAUUUCAGAUUUUUUUCUGCCCUGAUUUCUUUUUUUUUUCUGUCCUGUUUAGUGGUAUUGACAUUUCUGUCAUAAAAGUUUUAUAUCUUUGCUCUGCGUGAUGCUUGUUAUUUGAGAAAAGGACGCAGGUGGACACAGUUGAAAAACAGACAAGCCAAUCAGAUUGCUCCGUCCUCCUUUAGCCAAUGACAGGCGCCACAUUGUUGUCAAAUUUGUCUAAUGAAAACGUAGGAGAGCAACAAUAGAGGGAGAGAGGGAUCUGUAUCCACUGGCGAUCUCUCGAGGAAGUUAGUGUCUCACGCUGGAGCAGGGAGAACAAGCUCAGCUCACAUUUAAUCAACUUCCUCGGCUCGUUAAUGAUCGAUCUUCUGCUGUAUUUCUUUAGCUGGAAACUUUUGUUUGUGAAACCCGUUUUUAAUAACUCUGGACAAGUCUUUACGCGCUAGAACGCAGAAAAGCCAUCUACUAGGCUAGCUUUAACUAAUGGACUGAUUGUGACAUAAAUAAUAAUACUGAAACGCUUUGGCGACGUGUUUUAAAAAAAAAUCCUGAUCAAAAUAAAUUGUAAACCACCGUUAAUUGAACAUUUUUUUGUGCUUUCUUGUCGGAUGCUUGUGCAGUUCAUUUUUUUGACGUGCGACUUUGAUUGAAUUUAAGAAAUCGGUUGCUGCUGUUUAACCUCGACGAUCAAUCGCUAAUCCAUCGGGGGCAGAUCAUGGACCUUCGUCCGGAGCUUUCUGGCGCUCAGGCGGGCACACAGGUUCACGCCGCAGCCGCUGCAGCCGCCUCCAUCCCCGUGUCCAUGGCCAGCAGUCUGCUGAGAGGCCCGCCGCUGCUGCUGCGCCCUACAGAGAAAUACCCUCGCACGCCCAAGUGCGCCCGCUGCCGUAAUCACGGCGUUGUGUCGGCGCUUAAAGGACACAAGCGCUACUGUCGCUGGAAGGACUGCAUGUGCGCAAAGUGCACCCUGAUCGCCGAGAGGCAGCGAGUGAUGGCUGCGCAAGUGGCGCUCCGCAGACAGCAGGCUCAGGAAGAAAACGAAGCGCGAGAGCUUCAGCUCCUUUACGGCACAGCAGAGGGACUCGCGCUGGCCGCAGCCAACGGCAUCAUCCCGCCCCGGCAGAACUACGAAGUGUUUAGCCAAGUGAGCACUGACAGCAGCUCUGAAUCUAACAUGCAAAAGUUUGAAUUAUUCCCUAAGACUCCACUGUCAGGAUCUGUGACCCCACAGCCUACAGCUGGAAAGUCUGUAUCUGCUGACACUGAAUCAGUGCCUGGGAUCUCAUCCCCAGAUGUACACCAUGGCUCUGGGUCCGAAAACGGCGACGGAGAGUCAUACGUCAGCUCUCCAGCUCCAAAACCCAUGAAAGACGGCGAGGAGACACCACCGUCGAUAAGUCCACUUGGCUCAGACUCAGACACAGACAAAGAUGAACAAGAGCCAUCGCCCUCCUCUGCUUCGUCUCGCCACAUGAAUGCUAUUGACAUCCUGACCAGAGUGUUCCCCACGCACAAACGCAGUGUCCUGGAGCUCGUUCUCCAGGGAUGUGGGAAAGAUGUUGUCCAGGCCAUCGAGCAAAUCCUCAACAACAGUGGACAAGCCAAACCUCCAGAGGAAACCUGGUCAGCAGAGAGGGUGCUCCAGAGCGUCCAGCAACCCUUGUCCUCUGCUCCAAGGCCCGUGUUACCUGGAACCAUGACACUCAGCAACCGGUCAGCCUUCUCCCCAUUGCAACCCAAUGGUCCACACUUCGGCACGGACCCCAGCGCGUACCCUCUUGGCACACCCCUGGGCCUGAACCCACUUCGCUUGGCCUACUCGGCACAUGGCCGAGGGCUCACCUUCAUGACCCCUUACUCCACAACAGGCCUGAUGCCCACUCUGGGAUUUAGGCCACCAAUGGACUAUGCUUUCAGUGACCUGAUCAGAGACAGGACUCUCCUACAUAAGGAGCAGAGCUACACAAAUGGACUUUAUGGUCCCCUGGUUAACAACACUCCAGAAAAACAGUGAGCGGGUAUUUCACUGAGGAAAAAAACAGGACUGAACAAAAAGGUGAAAAGGCUAAAUGUAGCCCAUUCUCGAGAGAAGUGUUCUGUGUCUAAAAAUAAAUAGACUUAAACCCCUUAUAUACUUAUCCUAAUGACAUUCUCUGUACAUAAAGAUUUCUGAUUUACUCACCUGACAGAAUUAUUCAACUAGCAUAAAGUGACACAUAUCUAGUGUUGGGGUUUUUGUUGACGUUUGUGCUGAUAAUGGUUACCAAAAAGCUCUAAUUUAAACAGACCUCGCUUGCGGGUCCUGGAUCAAACUAAUCACAUGAAGUUCAAUUGAAAGAGUAACCAGUAUUUUCAUGUAAAUUGCGUAUUUUGAAUUCUUUACAUAUCUAUCACAAUUAUAUUAGAUUAUUUACUGAACGGAUCAAGUCUCCGUGCGAUAAUGGUGCAAUUAAAAAAAUAAUUUUCUCCGUCAUUUAAAAAGAGAGACUAUACUAAUAUACAGUCUUCAAACGUCAUGCUUUUAGCUGACACUCUGUAAAAUUGUGCCAUGUUAAAUUACCAAGACAUGAACAGUUCUGUUAAGAUUAUUGUUAAAGAUCUUGACUAAAGUAGAUUCUCUGACUCUUUUUGUGC